CCGGUAUCAUGGUGUAGCAGCGACGUUGAUACAAAUUUGGGCGGAUGAAUGUUUUGAGUUCUUUCUAGAUUCGAACUAAAUACCAGAAUUCUACGUCUGCAUAGUGUAGAAGUUAUAGUAAAAAUGUAAUCUCUGGGACUCAUGCGUUUGCGUCCAGCUUGCAUUUGCCUACUGAUUGUACGCCGCAACACAGCAUAUGUACCAAAUAAUACUAAAACCACGCUCCAAGGGUGGCUACAGUAAGGGCAUCUGCCUUGUCACAUAGGGUCGUUCGCCCAUAGCAAGCGAGGCCAGGGGACGUGUGGCGGAGACAACAGAGCAACUCGCGGUGCACAGCAUACAGCACUAUGUGCGUGUCUGAUUCAGCGCAUGCAGCCAGCCAUGUACGGGUGAUAUGAGACGGGGGAGGCAGCUCAAGCACAGCGGAUGCAGGCAUACAGAUCCGGUGCUCGAAUAGACGACGAAUCCCCACGUGAUGGUAACACGGUUGGGAAAAAGGAAGACACUGCGACUGUUUCUGAGAACUAGAGCUCGCAUAGUCACGUCGCACUAAACCAACACACACGCCCACAGGAGAGCUGGCCAGAGGUUCAACUGACAUUGAAAAAGGCUUAACGAGUCAUUGCUAAGAACAAAGCUGCAAUUCGUAGUCGGUCGUGUGUUACGGGCUUGCCACCAACACGAUGGACAUGGAUCCUUUCUCUUGCAAGUGCGUAUCGCGCGCCGUUCUAUGCCGUGCUCUCGUCCACAAGACGCAAAAGACGCGGGACGAUUCAGCAGCAGUAUCGUCGCACAGUCUGUGCCGUGGGUGCACGCCAGUCAUCCCAGCCGAGCUCCAGGGAACAUUUAAACCAGAUGUUUUGUCUGAAACAACCAGCAUCGCUUGAUCGUCGCGUUGUAUGUUUUUGUUUUUCUUUGCUUUUAGAAAAGUAUUUUCGCUUGAUCAACCUGGCUCAGAAUUCUGUUUCAAUUGUUAGCUUUCUGAAAAAGCAAGCCUUGAAUAAGAAGAGCCAGCCGAGCCAGCAUCGAUCCAGGCCGGACACUUUUGGCUGUCUGCUGGCGUCUUUAGACACAGUAUUCUAAGACGGACCAUUUGAUUUCAUCAGCAGAUUCACUUUCUCUUUCUGGUUUUAUUUUCAUCCUUAUCAACAUGUAUCAGGGCAUCGCCUGCUCUUCAUUCCCUAGGAACAGCCCACAUGCACUCGACGAGCAGGAAUCCCUCCCGUCGUCUUUUUGGGACCAGCUAGGACUUGGCGUGGACCUUGCCAAUAGUCGGCUUGAUAGUGUCCUGUGUGCUCUGAAUUCACAGGACGAGAGCCCAAUGGUUGCCCAAGGCCGUGGCGUGGGCGCCGCCGCUGCUGCAGGUGAUAAUGCUGUGUCGUCACGUCGCUGUGGCGGCUGCGUGGACAGUCCCCGCCCCCACCAACAACAACACCACCACGAGCUGGCAGCUAGUGGUUGCAUUGCGCAAGCUUCACCUUCACCAUCACCGCUGUUGGCCAACAUUCCCAGUUGGCCUUCUACCGCAGCUACCAUCCAGGAUUCCCCAGAGUACAACCUGUUGCAGCUUCAGUCAGACCAGAGGUAUUUUGGACCAGCCAUGGAAGGCGUUUCGGACAAUGCCCCGCAUGGUAUGGCGGCACAGCAAGAAGCCGCCAAAGAGUACCGUCCCGACAUCCAAGGUCCAGAUGUUGGCCCCAAGACUCCCAGCUCUGACAUAUCCGAGGAAUAUGCCAAAGCAGAUCCCGUUUACGUUGAAAAGACAAUAGCCAUCUCACAAACAUACUCCAGCUACCGACCCAUCAAGGGCGACGGCAACUGCGGCUGGCGAGCUAUCGGCUUCUCAUACUUUGAAAAGCUCGCAGGCCUCGGUGACAGCACUAAACUAGAAUCAGAAGUCGCCCGUCUCACCAGCAUGAACACCAUGCUCGGCUCUGUCGGCGGCUACACCUUCUACGAGGACUGGGCCGACGAAGCCAUCGGGAUGCUGCGUGACCUGGUGCCCAUCAUUGCCGACCCCGUAGCCGCACUAGCCCUCGUCGAGGAACGAUGGAACGACACAGCAACCUCCUCUGCCCUCAUCUACUACCUGCGCUUACUUGCCGCCACAUACCUCAAGGCCAACGCGGACGUAUACGAUCCAUUUGUACCCGACGGCUCGGGUGUGCAGUCGUACUGCGCCAACACUAUUGAGCCCGUAGACCGCGAGAUUGACCAGCUCGGCAUCAUCGGCCUCGCCAACGUGCUCGUCAAGCCCGUUGACCUUGUCCUGGAAAUCGCCUACCUGGACCGCACGCCCGGCUCGGCGCCCAACAUGUACCGCUUUCCCGACGACGACCAGGCCGCGGCGCACCACGAAACGAUACAUCUCCUCUUCCGGCCCGAUCAUUACGAUAUCCUCUAUCGUUAA